AUGGAUCACAAUGGCCAGUACCACGUCCAUGUAUCGCCGAAGACGGACUUCACAAGGUGUAUCCUCUGCGGAUGUCAGCCAAAGGGAGAAUAUGGAUCUCGAUGGCUCGGGAUGAUCAGAGUCCGUAAGUUCGCCCACCCGAGACUUCGACUCCGUGCCUGGCUAGAAUACAAAACAGUUCACCGAACUUCAGAUGGUGAAGUGCUUCUCUCGGAAGUCGUCUCUGAAUAUACACCGUCCGAAGACGACUCAUGUCUGCGAGUCACUUCGUCCGACUUGUGGGACCGUGGUCAUUGCCGGUCCUCCCCAUCGGGUCUAUUCUAUAUUUUUCAUGCGCAGUGCUGGCAGUACUUAACAGAAUGUCUGGGCGAGCAGGGCCCUGCGGACCGUGAACGAUUAUACGAUGUUCUGUUGAAACUACCGCCGCCUAAGGAGCCAUUGUUCGAGACCCCGCCAGGUUCUCCCGGAUAUUUCUGUAAAAGCACUAUCAUUCAGGAGCUUUUAAACGAAGUAUUAGAUAUUCCCAGCCCUACAACCCGUUUGUACGUUCCGAUAAGCAGCAGUCGCGAUCCCUUUGCGCGUCUCCCUUUUGAGCUUCGGCUGAAAAUCGCAAUUCUGCUUCGAACCCGGACCUUUUAUAACCUGCGAUAUGUCUCUAGACCGUUUAAUCCUAUUUUCAGAGAUAAUAUGUUCUGGAAGUCCCGAUUCUCAAAAGACGGAGACCGCGGCUUUCUUCAUCCCGUCGUUAUGGACGGGCCAGUUGACUGGCGGUCUGUCUAUAGGGCUACUGCACGCUGUGAAGAUCUGUUUCCAAUGAGACUGAAAGUGUGGGAAAUUAUUCAAUGGAUGAAAGAAACCCUGGAAACAACCCUGUGUCCAGAGUUGGGACCCUUAGACUUCUGCGGAAGGGCUUUGCAGGACUACCAUGCCGACUCUGCCGCUGAAGGUCAAUGGGUAGAACGAGUGCGAAUGCCAGAAAACCUUAUAUGCAUCGCAGUAUCUAUGAUAUCUGGGCCGGAUAUACACAGACGACAACGAUAUAUCAGCCGGACACUCCCUCCCGGACAACCCGUAACCGAGAUCACCGCGCUGGAGUUCAUAAGCACAAACGGGAGCAGGGAGACCAUCAGGUCUCGAGAUCCCAUGGCUCGAACUGUAACGGCGGAGGAACUCUCAAACGAACUAUACAGGAAAGAAAUAACGGAACGAGUGUGUAAUACUACCAAAGGCUCGAUUGGACCUGUGAGCCCGUUCGACCACCACGGAGUGAGGGUUCUAUUCGAGGCAAAUCCGUUCAAGGGCUUUCAUAUCCGGUAUGAUGCAGAGGGGAUAUCCUUUAUAGGUGUUCUGAGAGAGGGUGCUGCAUCUUCUCCUUUUGCGAUGCGUGUGACGAUGGCGAUAUCUGGAUCGAAGGAGGUAUUUCUCGCGCAGUCGCCGUAUGUUUGUGGAUAUCAUGCCGACAGGUCUACGUUUUUUGAUAUGGAUAUGGAGGAGGUCGUUGAGGUUAUUGGGACUUUUGAUGUGAGGUUCUCCAUCCAGUUUACUCAGCUCCAUAUGUAUUUCUGA